GAGGGGCGGGGCUGCAACCCGAGCGUGCGUUCCUGGGCUGAGGCUGCCCGUCCUGGCAUCAGCUACGCCAGCAUGCCCGAGGAAGCAGCGCUCCAGAAGCCCUGCCGCAACUUCUCGCGACAAGUGUACUGAAGAAGAGCAACAAUGCUGCUGUGGGACAGCAACCCCGAGCCUCGCGGCCCGAGCCCUCUCUUGAAAGCAGGGACCGAAGUGAACCUGGCGGCCGCCGCCUUUGUCCAGUCUCCAGCUCAUCUCGCAGCCGGUGGAGGCCAUGCCUUCUUCCUGCUUUGGCAGUUCCAGACAGGAGCCAAUCUGGACCAACAGGAUUGGCUUGGAGAAACUCCAAUCCAUAAGGCAGCGAAAGUUGGGAGUUUGGAAUGUCUGACUUUACUAGUGGCCAGUCAGGCGAGCAUUGACUUGCGCAAUAAUAAUGGUCAAACAGCAGAAGACCUUGCACUGGCUUUUGGAUUUUUGGAGUGCGCCCAGUUCCUCAUGAGAGUGAAGCAGAUUCAGAGCAAGAAAGCAGAAGCACAGUGUGACUCUUCCUUGCAUGACAGCGAUGAAUCCAUCCAUACAGAUGCCACCACAAGACAGAAACGAGCAUGUGAAAUGAAUAGACCCAUCGGCAAAAAGAGAAGGAAAUCAAAUGGUAAGGGGGUUUCUUCAAAGCACAACAUUAAAGUCUAGUGCAAUUAAAUUGCACUAGUGAAAUUUCAGCCUGAUUGAACAUCUGUCAAAUUGAUUAUUUACUAUCUUGUACAUUGUCAGAACUAGUUUGGGGGGACCUCUUAUUUAAGGAAACAUGGUACAGUAAUAUACAAAGUGCUUUACCCACAUCCAAAAACAGCUAUAAUUAUAUUUUGAUCCAGGGAUAUAUAACUUGAUGAAAUAAGUAAUGUGGUUGUGUAGCGGCCUUAGGGCU